UUUUGACCUUCCUUUCUUGCCGUUUCUGUCACGCAUGCGCCGUAGCAACUAUGUGCUCGCCACCACAUUCUGGUUCUGUAGCUAGCACAAGCUAACUUGCUCAUCUCCGUCUGCUGCUGUAAAGGUUCGGUCCGACGCCGAAUCUGUAUCUGUUGAGAUCCGGUCCAGAACGUUAACACGGUACCAGUACCGAUUCAGAACGAGUGCGGACUGCAGAGGCUACAGUUAGCGCGGGGUUAGCAUCAGGCGCUAGGUAUAGCUGCGCUUUAGCAGCACAGAAUCAAAACAAAUAAAAGCUAACUGAAUUUAACAGAAGCUAGAAUCCCGAGAGCAGCACAACAUGGCGACAGAGGAGAAGAAACCAGAGACAGAAAAUGCCAAACAGCCUACAUCUUCCUCUGGAUCCGGCAGUAAGUCUAACCCAGCCAAACCAAACUACACUGUGAAGUUCACGUUGGCCGGACACACAAAGGCUGUUUCCUCUGUCAAGUUCAGCCCCAACGGAGAGUGGCUCGCCAGCUCCUCUGCUGAUAAGCUGAUAAAGAUCUGGGGUGCAUAUGAUGGAAAGUUUGAGAAAUCCAUUGUCGGGCACAAACUGGGGAUCUCUGAUGUGUCCUGGUCUUCAGAUUCCAACCUGCUGGUUUCUGCCUCCGAUGACAAAACACUCAAGAUCUGGGACAACAACUCUGGAAAGUGCCUGAAGACUCUGAAAGGUCACAGUAACUAUGUCUUCUGCUGUAACUUCAACCCUCAGUCCAACCUGGUGGUGUCUGGAUCGUUUGACGAGAGCGUUCGUAUCUGGGAUGUGAAAACAGGAAAAUGUCUGAAGACUCUGCCAGCUCACUCUGACCCCGUCUCUGCUGUUCACUUCAACAGGGAUGGCUCGCUCAUUGUCUCCAGCAGCUAUGACGGACUCUGUCGUAUCUGGGACACAGCGUCGGGACAGUGUCUGAAGACUCUGAUUGAUGACGACAAUCCUCCGGUGUCUUUUGUCAAGUUUUCUCCCAAUGGAAAAUACAUCCUGGCUGCUACUCUGGACAACACACUGAAGCUCUGGGACUACAGCAAAGGAAAGUGUUUGAAGACGUACACUGGCCACAAGAAUGAGAAGUACUGCAUCUUUGCCAACUUCUCUGUCACAGGAGGGAAGUGGAUUGUGUCAGGCUCUGAGGACAGCAUGGUUUACAUCUGGAACCUUCAGACCAAAGAGAUCGUUCAGAAACUACAAGGACACACAGACGUGGUGAUCUCGACUGCCUGUCAUCCCACAGAGAACAUCAUUGCUUCAGCUGCUCUGGAAAAUGACAAAACCAUCAAACUGUGGAAGAGUGACUGUUAGGCUGAAGAAGACCCACAGGUCCAGAUCCAGAACCUGAACUGUCCUGGUUUAACUCUGUGUCUCAGUCACACAGAAAACAGAUUAUUACUGUAAAUCCUCACGCACUGCUCCAGCCAAUCGGUGAAUCAGAUUCAGUUUGACGUCGUCUUAUUCAUCUGAUGUGAACGCAGUCAGACCAGGUCCCAGUGUGUCCCAGCUUCAGACCAAAAAACACUUCAGUCUGUUCAAACUGUAAAAGAAAAAAAAAAAAAAAGUGAAUGUAAAAAUACAAAUUAAAAUCCCUCAGUUUUAAAGUGGGGUUCUACUGGAACCAAAAUUCAGCUGGAAAGUGGAAAAAAUAUGAAAACUUAAAAAUUUCAAAAAGGUUUUUUUUUUUUUUACAGUGGCGAGUCUCCAUGAUAAGAGCAUUUAAAGGACCAGUUCACCGUUUUCCAACCCCGACCUUAUUAAAUGUGUUUAACCAUCAUUUAUGUUCAUGACAACAGAAUAUAUUAGAGUUUAGAGAAACAGCUCUUUGAAUAAAUGCAGAGUGGGUAUCACAUUUUAUUAACCAUAGGAAGUUUCAGGUAGAGGGCUGAGCGUAUAUUUAGUUCACCUGCACAGAGUUAGAGGCUUUUAUUUUUAGUUUCCUGUUUUAUAGUGAUUCUAUUUUAGUUAGCUGUUGUUUCUAAUUGUGCAUUUACUGUUGCUGCCUUGUGUUGUCAAUGCAAAAUCAGCACUUCCUUCUCCUGUCACAUUAAAAACCUGCCAGUAUUUAAGGGGCCAUUGUCAAUUCCCUCCAUUGAAAAACCUUUUAUUAAAAAAAAAGAAUGGUGUAAUUUAGUUUUUCUUAGUGAACAUGAUCAUAAAACGUGGUAAUUUAACCCCUGGGUCUGGGGGAUAUCUUCACCCUGGCAAAACAAGGUUUCUUCUCUGUAAUGCAGGUGCACGUGGCUCUAGAUGGGCAUUUAAAUGAGAGCAGCUUGUUCACAGAAAACCCGGACUUCACUGUGGCUGUGAUCAGUGCUGGGUUUUAAUCAGCCAACCUCCCCUGCAGACACAACCCCACUCAGACUGGAUGUUACUCUGGAAAUUUGGAGGACCUGUAAACUGAUGUCCAUGUGGAAAAUAAAUGGAAUGGCCCUUUUAAGAAAAUGUUUCAUGAUGUCUGGGUUGGAAAAACUGAAUUUACCCUUUAAGACUUAGAACUCAAAGAACUUUUAGUGCAAUUGACAGUUUGUUAAACCCUGCUGGGACACGCCCACUCUCCGCCGACUCAUCUGUUGCCAUAGUAACAGUUGACUUGUGUCUGUGCUGCGUUCACCGACUGUGCUGUUGGAACCACGAGCACAAUAUCAGAUAGCUGUUCAUCACCGCACUCUGUUUCCACAUCGACUGAUCAGCUGAAUGACAAAUGACGAAUAUUGUUGGAAGGAUUUUUCAGUUUAUUUGUAAAUAAAGAUUUUUCACUAUUAA